UCCGGCAUGUCCCGGUCCCCUCUCAGCAGCUGAGUCCUCCACACCCCCAACAUCAUCUCCACAUCUCUACACCGCAGCCGAGCCACUGUUCACUGUUCAUGCAUCUGAAGAAGAAAGAAGAAAGAAAACAUCUUCUGGAAAAAGGGACGUUUUUAUGUGAACCUGCCGCCUGUUUCUUCUUCUUCUUCCUCUUCAUCUAAAGGCAUCCUGUGUGAGCUACCUGCUGGUUAGCUGGCAUGCUACCACACCAUAAACACAGCAGACAACUCCUUUAGGACUAGUUUAAUCAAGUCAUGACUGAGUUAACACGCCGAAACACUACACUAAAAGGAGAAAAUGAAAAGGAAGAGGAUGAAGAAGAGCGUCGGAAGGAGCCAGAUCUGCAGAGGAAACAUGUUGGUGAGUCUGUAGAGGGUCAGGAUGGGGAGAUGGUGUCCAGCGAGGCAUCGGGUGACACCUCUCAAAAGGAGGAAGAAGAUAAAGACGGUAAACACGAACGGGAAGAAUCCAGCAGACCUCAGUCACCUGUCAAGACACCCAAGCGCUUAUCUGCAUCUGUUUUUUUGCAGCGCCUGGUCAGGGUGUUCUUCGGGUGCCUGGCAGCUGUAGCCUGCGGCAUGUUGUAUGCCGUGUUUCUGUCCACGUACCAUGACAGAAAGUUCUGGUUUUCCACCAGACAGGAGCUGGAGCGUGAGAUCACCUUCCAGGGAGGGAGUGGACUCUACUAUUACUACUACAAGCACAUGCUGGCGGCACCAUCCUUUGAACGAGGGUUUUACGAGCUGACGAUAGACAACAGGACCGUCUCGGGUCAGACCAUCAACGCUGUGGAACUGUUUUCUCUUUAUCCAGAGCUCAUCACGAGCUUCAUAUACAGAGUCACCGGCGGCCAGGAUUUUGUGGAACCCGUCUACUUCUACAUCGGAGCGGUUUUCGGCCUCCAGGCGGUCUGCGUCACCGCCCUGUUUGUGUGCAGCUGGGUGAUGAGUGGCACCUGGGUGGCCGGCAUGCUGGCCGUGGCCUGGUACGUGAUCAACAGAGCAGACACCACCAAAGUGGAUCAGGCCAUUCCUCUACGGGACAACUGGGCUCUGCCGUACUUCUCCUGUCAGGUGGCAGCUCUGACCGGAUUCCUGAGCAACAACAUCAGCUCUGCCACUGAGAUGUUCUGCUAUCUCACCAUGAGUGCCACCACCUUCACCUUCCUCCUGGUCUGGGAUCACAGUCACUACGUGCUCUUCAUUCAAGGACUCUGUCUGUUUCUGCUGGACUCUUUUGACCUGGUGCCGCCACGCAAGAUGGCUGACAUUCACAAGGUCUACCUCAGCUCCUUGUUCCUGGCCUACCUGUUCCAGUUUCAGAACGCGGCCCUGCUCAGCUCGCCGCUGCUCAGCCUCCUGAUUGGCUCGGUGCUUGCGAGGCACUUCCAGCAAAAGAUGAAGAUGGGUCGUCUCGUUGCCCGGGUGAUGAAGCUCUUCCUCCAUUUCCACCUGGUCUUCACCACUGGCAUCACCUUCAGUUAUUUGGUGAAGAAACUUAUUCCUGUAAAUGAGAGCGACUUCAUAUUGAAGUUCCUCGAAUUAAAAUUUGGCCUCAACGCAACAACUGAUUUUGUCCCUAACUUCCUGCUGUGCCAAGAGAGUUUCCAAACACCCAGUCAGGACUUGUUCCUGCGGUUGACUCAGGCCUCGGUCCUUCCCUUCUACUUCCUGGUUGUCACCGUCUGCCUCCUGUCCACCCUGCAGACCAUCUACAGGAGACUCAGCGGUCAACCAACGAGCACCAGCCACAGACUUGAGGAUGGACGGGUGGGAGAGCGGCCCGAGGUCAUCUAUCAUGUUUUCCACACGUUGUUAUUUGGAGGCCUGGCUCUGCUGUUUGAUGGGAUGAAGUAUUUAUGGACGCCGUACGUCUGCAUGUUCACAGCCUUCGGUGUGUGUUCUCCAGACCUCUGGAUGACGGUGUUUAAGUGGCUCAAGCUCAAGUCCAUCCACCCUGUAGUAUUGUCUCUGAUCCUGAGCACAGCUGUUCCGACCAUCAUUGGCUUCAGUUUGUGGAGAGAGUACUGCCCUCGUGUUUUAGCGGAUUUAUCAGAGCUGCAGGAGUUCUACGACCCAGACACGGUGGAGCUGAUCAGCUGGAUCAGGUCCCAGGCUCCGGUGGCGGCUGUGUUCGCAGGCAGCCCUCAGCUCUUAGGAGCCGUGAAGCUGUGUUCGGGUUCGGCCGUGACUAGUUUACCGCUGUACACGGACGUCAAUCUACUGAAGAGGACUGAAGACACUUACCAGGUGUACGCGAUGAGGUCUGCAGAGGACAUCUACAAGCUCCUGACGUCUCAGAAAACAAACUAUGUGAUCAUCGAGGAGUCCAUCUGCAACGAGCUCACUCACGUUAAGGGCUGCAGGAUCAAAGACCUGCUCGACAUCUCCAACGGACAUGUGGUUUACGACAAAGGAGAGAUUUACUCCUUCUCCAAGCACGGACGCUUCUGUCACGAGAUCAAGAUGAACUACUCGCCCUACACCAACUACUUCACUCGCGUCUUCUGGAACCGCUCGUAUCACGUCUACAAAGUGAACUCCGUCAUCUCCUUCCAGUACUGACCUCAGCCUCUGCCUCCUCUCCGCCCGUUAGACUCGAGCCCGGCUCCUGACUCUUUUUUUUUUUGUUUUAUUCGCCCGGUGCCUCACGUCCUGGUGGAGGAGCUGCACAUUCAGACCUGAACACAAGGACUGGACGUUAUCAACAUAUAUGGACCGUGUUGAAGUUGAAAUAUGCCAUAUUUAUCAGUGUACUGUAGUUUUUUUUAAGCCAAUGUGUUCCUGUUGAUGUGAUGCAUUUUAACAAAAGGGAACAUUGUUGUGUCGAGAUAAAUCGAGACUCUUUAGACAAAAAGGUUUUUUUAGUCCCGUUAGUGGAAAUGUUGAUCUGUGAAUCCGCAAAUGUUAACCCCAAAGAUCCUAAUGAUUUUAAUUAUCUACUGAUUUUUUCCUCGAGAGCCAACUUGAGUUGAUUGAUUUUUGAUUUUUUUUUUGGUGAAACAUCCCGUUAGAUAUUAAACUGGAUAAUCCUUGAACUCUGCAGGAUAAAUUGUAAGUCACUCAUCUCCUGAGUUGAAGCCCCUGGUGAGUUAACGCCAGUGUUUGCAUGCUAAUAUGCUAAUAUGCUAAAGAUGCAAAACUGAGCGAGUUAACGGGGCUGUUUAUGCGUGCUAGUUAGCAUGCUAACAUUAGCAUUUAGGUAGCGUGACGCACAUCAUCACCACCACCACAGUGUGUCUGUGGACUCUUUGUUGUAAUCUUGACAUAUUGAUUUCAUCAGCCAAAACAUUAUGACCAGGUUAACUGAAUAAUGUAAACAUAAACCCUCAAAGUUGCAAAACUGGACAAGUGGAAGGAGACACAUUUUGAUGGCUACACCGGGUCAGAGCAUCUACAAAACUGUAGCUCUUUUUGCAUGUGUGCUGCUCGAAGAUCUUGCCUCCUCCUAUUCAUGUGGACCACGUACGCCCUUUAACGUGAAUGGUAUUCCCUGAUGACGGCGGCGUCUUUCAGCAGGAUGAUGCUCCUUCAAGAUGUGUUUUUGUUACGGGUUAGUCUGGUCAACUUAAAGAGGAACAAGUAUUUACGGUCACAGUUACAACCUCCACUUCCUGAAAUGGUUUGAUUUGAAGAAAAUUAUUUGGAUAGAAAAUGAAUAUCAGGUUACUGAUUAUUUUUAAGCACUCUAAAGAGGAGCGUACAUUACCUGCUCUCGCUUUCCGUCACCUUCUGCCUUUUGUUUCGUCUGUUUAAGGGAUUGUGGCCUUUUUUUAUGCUUUGCUGUAAUAAGAAAACUGUCUGUCUGUGUGCUGCUCGUUGUGUGAUCUGAUGUGAAAAGGGACGUGGAAGGAGCUCAGCCGACUGUGUUUCUCCCGAGCUCUGAGAUCAGCUGUUGAAUCCGUUUGAAGCUGUGGAAGUUGUGGCUUCACUUCAUGACUGGCUCUGCUCUGUGUACAAGUGACUGAACUAAACUGGGCUGUAGAUACGUAGGGCGUCUGUUUCCGAGGCUCAUGUCUUUACUCCACUCUCAUUUCCAGACUGUUUCCUCUCCACUAGUUCUUACCUUCAGUAUUCGGUGGUGAAUUCCUCCUGGUGCUAUCAUGCAAAUAACAAACCUCUCCUCUGCAAAACAUGUGGUGGGUAUUUGAAUUCUGAUGGAAAUUAAAAGUGAGCGUGAGUUGAUAAAUA